UGACAGAGCUUGACAUUUUUGUCAAGGUGAUUAAAUCUCUUAAAUCUAGAUUUAGCAAUUUUAUGAAAAUUUAAUUUUGAACUGUAUAUGUGCUCAUAAUUCCAAUUCAGGACAAUUUAUGUGCAAAUUUCUGAUAUAUUGUACGUAAAAUAUGAUGUAUAAAGUGGUCUCCGAGUCAGUUAAAUAUUGUGCAGCUGUUUUCAUGUAAAGAUUGCCACAACUACAAUUAUGCUGUGUUAAAAAAAUAUUGGGACCCUUAAUGGGGUCUGGCAUUAGCCAACCUCAAGUACAAUAAUUAAUAUUAAUUUGCUCAUAAAAUCAAUAACCACCUAUUUCAUAUCUAUUCUGUACCUGUAUAGCAAAAUAUAUUUGUACUUAAUCUAAGAAAAAAUAUUUAAGAGGGGCACUCAUUGGCAUUAUAACAGCAAGCCUUUGCUUGAUAAAAUAUAUUUAUAGAAUUUUAAAGAACUGGAAAAUACGGGAACGAAGAAUAACCUGAGAAGUUUUGUUAUUUAAAUAAUAACAAGCAAGCAAUUGCUGGUUAAAACUAGAGGAAAAUAAACAAAAAAGUUCACUCUUAAAAGAACCAAACCUUUGCUUCCUGUCAUCAAAUCCAUAAAAAAAAAUUGGAAUUCAUAAAUUAGCCUGACAUUCUCUUGGACCCCAAAAAGGUUUUACUCAUCUGAAUUACAAGGUCUCCCAUAGACUAAAUUAAAAAACUAAAAUGAGUAAGUUGGUAGAAGUUGAUUGCACAAAACGUUGCAAAUCACGAUUCCAUGGGCAAUCAUUGACUAGUGCAAUCACUAAAAGGUCUGUCAGCGAUGAGUCUCUUGCAAGCUUUAUUAAGUCUACCUGCGCUAAUUUUGCAAAGGCAUUUGAUUUUGAGGGUCGUACUGCUUUGCACAUGACAGCGUCAAGGGGAAGAAACGUUCUAAUGGAAUGGCUGGUACGUCAUUCAUCCGAUGCCUUCAUCAACGCGCGUGAUCGUGAGUCGGGGUAUACUCCGUUGCAUCGAAGCAUAUUUUAUGGACAGAUCCAUUCGGCUGUCACUCUGAUGAAACUAGGUGUAAACACCGACAUUGUGGAUAAGGAUGACUACAAAGCCCUGGAACAUGCAAUGCUUGACAAGCACUACAUGUGUAAGCUGUCUAGUCAUGAGCCUUGUGACGUGUAUGUGUGGGGGAGCAACUCCAACUACACCUUGGGCACGGGUUCACACCAGCCGCGGAAUGUUCCAGACUUGCUCACUUGCUUCAGCCGCACUAAUGUUAAUGUUAAACAGGUCUGUCUCGGCAAAUUCCACAGUGUCUGGGUUAGCGGAACUACCAACGAAGGGGGUGAGGUGUGGUGCGCGGGGCAACCCGCUCGUGCGGGCGGCCCGCACUCCACCGCGCUGCGUCCCGCACCCUUGAAACUGCCCGAGCCUUGCUUACAAGUCGCUAUUACUUUGACUUCCACCAUUUUUUUGCUGCAGAGUGGAGCGGUAAUUCAAUACUCGCUCAACAACACUGAAAACCCAAGUCCAUCAACUGUUAAGAACCCAACAACAAUCAAACUUGCAUCAGUCAAGCCUCUUAUAAAGAUAUCCCAUCCUCUGGGCAUAUGUACUGGAAGGUCCCACGCGGUUGUAUGGAAUGCGCAUGCUAUUUACACUUGGGGUCUUAACUUGGGACAAUUGGGUCACUCGCAGGAGGAUAAAGUUGUUCCUGCUCCUAAAAGGGUUGCAAUUUCGCUGAACAACAAGGAAGAGGCCAGCCUGCAGCUGGUGGACGCUUCUGACGCUGCCACGGUCAUCACAACCAGCCGCGGAGACGUGUAUCUGCUUCAUAAACACAUUUGCAAGAAGAUCGCUAUCAAACAGAUAAACCUCCGUCAAGUGUGUGUGGAAGCUAAAGUGAGCGAGCAAGGUGCCUACUCAAGAGUCACUGUUCUACUUUUGACCAAUGUUGGCCAACUGAUGCUUUGGCAAGAUACCACCAACAAGUUAACCAGAUGCGUAUUCGGCCUCAGCCACCAAACCAUUAUAACACAUGUGGCCCUUACACAUGAUGCACUGUACUUCACUACCAAAUACGGCGAAGCGUUCAUUGGCAGCAUAUCCCGCAAAGCCACGCCCCCGCCCGCUCAACCAAUCAAAAAGGAGCGGGAGAAAGACAACAAAUCUGCACUGGUGAAGUUUUUAGAGAAGGACGACUGUACAUCUGUCAGAAUCACGAAGAUUCCGAACGUUCACCGGGCGGUUAUCAUCGCUGUUGAUAGCGAAGGACUUAAUUUCGCUUGUCUGCAGAUGAAACCAACUUGUGGCCUUACUUCUUUGCCAGACCUGUCGCCAUCAUGUCUCUCUAAACAUAUGGAAUCUCUGCUAGAAACUGCAGCCGAAGAUGAUAUACUUCACGAUGUUAUAUUCAAGGUUGGCGCAAAACAAUUCCCAGCCCACAUAUUCAUAAUAGCAUCAAGCAGCGACUAUCUAUACAAGUUGUACCGGGAAUCGCGCACAAAUCAGCACAAACCCACGAUAACCUUAGACAACGUACACCCAGAAGUUUUUGAACGUAUCAUACGAUACAUGUACACUGGUAGUUGUGAUGUUGCUGAGUUGGGACCCUGUGGGCUAAAGAUAAGGAGGGAAGAUCUGGUUAACGAUAAGAGAGAAAAGGAAGAUGCCAAGGAGGGUGUUGAAAAUGAAAUUGAUUUUAUUGAUAAUCCAGCCGAAAUAUCAGCGUUUGAAGUGUACAAACACCCAGAGAAGAAGAAAGGCAAUAGAAAACGCAACACCGAGACUCCGCCGCGCGUGCACAUGUACUGCGACCCCGUCAAACUGGUGCAAGCCUCCGCUAAGAGGCUGCAAGUUAUGGGACUGCAUAAGUUGCUCGAUAAAUUCUAUUACAGAGAUGGCACAGUAUACCUGAAGGACAGCGCAACAUUUACUAAGAGUGGACCGUUGACAUGGGAUCGGGACAGUUUCCCGGAGUUAGUGGACACCAAUGUUUGCUCCAAGGAUGGAAUACUGAUAUCAGCCCAUAAAUGCGUGCUAGCUGCCCGGCUCGAGUACUUUCAGGGAAUGUUCAUGCAUUCUUGGACUGAGAGUAAACUUCUGUCAACGGUUACUCUACCGAUCAACCAUGGAACUCUCCUACCAAUUAUCAACUUUCUCUACACCGACGCGUGUCCAGAAAUCGAAAACUCUGACAGCAUUGACUUCAUUUGCAGCAUGCUUAUUGUUUCCGACCAGUUAUUCAUCGGCCGUCUUCGAGAAAUGUGUGAAAUCGCCCUCGCUAAUCUUAUAACCCUGAAAAACUGCACAGAACUAUGUCAAUUUGCGCACACAUACAAUGCUGACCAACUAAAACAAUGCUGCAUGGAAUUCAUAUCUCUUAACAUAGGCAGCAUCCUCGAAAAUAGAUCCUUAGAUUUACUUGAAGAGACUUUAUUGGAAGACAUUUCCAAAUACUACUGCAAAUUCAACCCUAUUAUGUCCUCCAGAAUUAUAACUCCGUUCUACAAUUGUCCAAGCGACGAAACCAUUGAUGAAUGUGCUAAAAUAGUCCCCGUAGAUUUGGAAUUUGUUGAUGAAGAUUUCAAAAAGGAAGACAGCAUUAUUGAAGUUAAAAAGAGCAAGAAACAGAAAAAGAUUGAAUAUACUGAAAGUGAGAAAGCACGAAUGAGAUAUGAAUCUGUCAGCUCAGUGACAUCUUUGGACCUUUCCAAUGAGACAUCAGGAGAUGUAACAUUGUCACUUAGCUCCAUUUCUAAGGAUGAAGAAAAAAAGAACAGACAGACAGAAAAGUGGACAGAAGUGCCAACAUCUCAGCAGAAGCAACAAAAAGUUGUUCAAGCGCGCCUCAAAGCUAUAUCAUCUGCUAAGGAAAUUAUGAAUGAAACUCCUGUGAAUUCAUUCACAAAACUCACUAAAAACUCUUUCAGUGCCAUCCAAGAACCUUCCACGCCAACUACAUCGCGAAUGUCUGUUUCUCCUAAAGAUUCCACACCCCUUUCUGAUAUGGCCUGGGGUCAGGGCAAUCUGGUCAUCAACCAUGUUGGGCCAAAACUUUCUCAAAAACAAAGAAAGAAAUUAGCUUUGGAAAACGAACAAACUCCUCCUCAAACCCUUGACAAUUUCUUCAAUAAACUGACUGUGGGGAGUCCUCCAGAUAAACCUAAGAAUCCUUGGAAAAUUUGUGCAUCACCCAUCGCCCAUAGUAGCCCUAGUAAACCAAAUGCUAUGGAAUUCAAUAAGAUUUUAGCAGAUCAGAAGAAACAAAAGGGUGACUCUUCCAGAAUUAUGACUAAAUCUCUAACUUUGACGCAGCUUGAAGAUAAAGCCAUAGAGGAAUUGGAGAGAUUUUAUAAUAUACAUGAGAUAGAUGACGAAUUUAUAACAGUGAGGCGCAUAGAGUUGCAUGUUUCUUCACCACAAUGGAUUCACACUGCCCCUAAGUGAUAACUUGUGUGCUAUUUUUAUUUUACAUAUUGAUAUAAAUAUUGUGAUGAAAAUUAUAUUUUAAAUAAUAAUAUAUGUUAUAUUAUGUGACUGUC